AUGUCAUCCUCGUCAACUCCAGUAUCAUUUGAUGCCUUGUUGGAUUUCCAUCAAAAGGAAGAAUCAUUGUCACCCUACUUCCCAACUACUGUCGAGGAAAAGGAAGCGGACCUGAAAAUCGUAGAAAAGGUCCUCGAAACAUCGGAUCUUCGUGGAUUUGGUAUUCUCAUUCAUCGGGAGCAUGGACUGGUCAUGUUGCAGUGCAGCAAACCGAAAAAGGGCAAGCCCGUCCCUCACUUUCAAAUUCCAGGUGGACACGUAGACAAGUUUGAGAUCGAAGAGCAACAAAAGAAGCAACCUAGCAAUCCAUGGGCACCUAUUUACGAGGCCGCCAAACGAGGAUGUGUUCGUGAGAUUUGGGAAGAAACUGGAAUGGAUUUGAGAGAAUCUCUGGAUAGAGUGCGACCUUUAUGGUUGGGUGCUAUCAAAACCAACAAGGGAAUGCGCAAUGAACACAAGGAUCGUAUAUUUUUCGUUCUGGAAGUCUCUGAUUCUGAUUUUUUGACCAAAGCACCCGAGGCAUCAGUCUCACACGGUGAAGCAAAAGGACCUGGACUCGUGGGUCCCUUGAACUUAUCCAGUGAGACGGAAGGGCUAAAGUUGAACAUUUCGUUUGAGCAUACCGGGUUUCAGUUUGAAAAGAAUCCUGAAGUCGCCAUUGAAGCAGUUCAGCAUCACAGUGGUGGCAAGGUCUCUGAAGCACUUCGGAGAGCAUUUCGAUCAUUAGAAGCUAGUACUAAGGAACCCUGA